UUCCUUCAUCAACCUACUCAAGUAAAUAUCCUUUGUCUUUUUCGUUCAUUCACCUUCUAUAUAUACUACAAUUCAAAUAUGGCAUACAACAAUACAGUUGACCCUCUUAAUUUUUGUACCAUACCUAUCCAUUUCUCCCCCCCCCCCCAAAAAAAAAAAAUCUACCCAAAGCUCCAAUUCUAUACCCAAAGCUGCUGUUAUUGUGAUUUUUUGAGUUCUGGGUAUGGAAGAAGCAGAGAAACCAAUAGAGGUAUUAGCUAUGGAAGCUUUGGGAAAAGGGUACGAUAUAACUGGAGAUUUCAGAUUGAAAUAUGCUAAAGGAACAAGGUUAUUGGUGCUUGAUGAAACCAACAAACGAGACAUUGUUUUCCCAGGUGCUGCUGCUUUUACUAUGAAAGAUGUUUCUCAAGAUAUUCGUCUUGAUAAAGGCGAUCGUAUUCGUUUCAAAUCUGAUGUUCUUGAAUUCAAUCAGAUGUCUGAGUUACUUAAUCAGAAGUCUUCUAUACAAGGAAAAGUUCCUUCAGGGUAUCUUAACAGUAUUUUCGAUUUGAGUGGAAAUUGGCUUCAUGAUGCUGCAGACACCAAAAAUCUUGCUUUCGAUGGUUACUUUAUUUCGUUGUAUUAUUUACACCUUACAGCAUCACCACUUGUGCUAAAUGACAGAGUUAAGAAGUCUGUUCCACCUCAUUGGGAUCCAGCAGCCUUGUCUAGGUUCAUACAGACAUAUGGCACACACAUAAUAGUCGGUAUGGCUAUCGGUGGUCAAGAUUUAAUAUGUGUCAGGCAAAACUCUUCCUCUACAAUUCCUACGUCCGAGCUUAGAGGGUAUUUGGAGGACCUUGGAGAUGUUAUGUUUUCAGACGGGAAAAGCCCUUCAUUAAUACAGAGAAAGUCAAGAGAUGGCAAACAAAAAGUUCCCGACGUCUUUAACCGUAUUUUGCAGUCAAGCACCAUGCAGUUGGCUAGCAUUGCAGAAACAUCGAGCAAAGACGGACUCACUAUCAUUUGCUCGAAAAGAGGAGGAAAUGUGUUCUUGCAUAGCCACUCGAACUGGCUCCAGACAGUACCUGCCAAGCCAGAAGGAAUUUUGUUCAAGUUUGUACCAAUUACCUCUCUUCUGACAGGGAUUCCCGGAAGUGGAUAUCUUAGUCAUGCAAUCAACUUGUAUCUUCGUUACAAGCCCACUCCCGAGGAUUUACGGUAUUUUUUGGAGUUUCAAGUUCCACAACAAUGGGCCCCUAUGUUCUGUGGCCUGCCACUUAGACAUCAGACAAGAAAAGCUUCUUGCCCCUCCCUGCAAUUCACUUUCCUGGGUCCUACGUUACAUGUCAACUCUACACAGGUUACAAGCGAGUUAAAACCCGUAGUUGGCCUCCGGUUGUAUCUAGAAGGAAAAAAAUGCAACCGGUUGGCAUUACAUGUGCUGCAUCUUUCAAGCCUCCCGGGUAUAAUGGCAUUCACAUCAAGCAAACCUAGUCAAUGGCGAGGUUCCGAUGACUACAAGUCCAGUGAUCAAUUUUUAGAGCCUGUCAGAUGGAAACGAUACUCGAAUGUAUGCACAUCCCUCGUUAAGUAUGAUCCUAACUGGUUGCAAGAAGUUUCAGGUGGUGUUUUUAUUGUAACCGGUGCACAGCUUAUCAGCAAAGGGAAGUGGCCAAAGACGGUUUUGCAUCUCCGUCUGCUUUACACUCAUAUACCCCACUGCACAAUCAGGAAAACUGAGUGGGCAGUUGCGCCUGACACUUCCCGUAAGGGUAGUUUCCUUACGAAUCUAAGCAUGACUUUUUCAUUCACCCAAGGGACAGCCAUGACUGGACAACAGAAACAAACUCCGACUGCACUUAAUUCGGGUGUAUAUCCCGAUGGUCCACCAGAACCGAUUCGAUCGAAAAAACUGCUGAAAUAUGUAGAUAUAUCUGAGGUUGUACGCGGUCCACAUGAUGCUCCAGGACACUGGUUGGUAAUUGCAGCUAAACUAGUCAAUGAGAGUGGUAAGAUUAACUUACAAGUGAAGUUUGCAUUAUUAGAUUAUCCAUGAAAUUUUGAUUUCUUUUUUUUUUUUCAUAUGAGAAAAUUUAAGCUUUUAUUGUAUAUAAUAGAUUGAGAUUGAUAUAUAUUUUACAAUAAAAAAGUAAAAGAGAGAGAGAGAGAGAGAGAGAGAGAGAUUGAUUUCAUAGGUUCCAUUAGUCCCUUUGUCCAAGCUUUUGAGUAGAGGUGAUGAUGACCAUGAUUCAGUUUCAAAAGAUUCUAUAUCCCAAGUCCAAAUUGAACUAACUCGGUUCAGCCAAAUUUUUUAAAUUUAAUUUAAUUAUUAAAAAUAAAAAAAUAACAAUUUUUGUACCAAA